AUGCGAAUAUUUAUGAGUGUAGGACAGGAGUACUCUGCUCUUAUUAGGAAGAGCAAACUCACAAACAAGUACAUAAUAAAGGCAUUAAAAACUGUAGCAGAAACAAAUAAUUAUUAUGCAAGAGAAAUAGUCAAAACCAUACAAGAGGAAAUAUCAGCGGCAUCAGAUGAAAAUAAAGACGCACUACUUUCACUGUUACGAUUACUUGCGCAGAACCCGGCUUACUUCUUUAUAGAAGAGGGCAAGACACCACACAAGAAACAGAAGCAUAUUGAAAGUGUACCUGUAAAGAAAAGAAAAGUACAAGUUGAAGUUGAAGUAAAUAUAGAGUUUAUGCCGUACCCGCCCGAAUACUUUCUGUUUAAGCUGGUGAGCAAGCAGGCCUACGCAGAGUCUUAUGCGUACUACACGGAGGGAAAGGAAAAAAAGUCGCUCGAGGCGGAGCUAGAGCCGCAGCUUACACGAGAGUAUCUUGCAACGCCCCACCUGGAGCAGGCGUACAAGCUGCUGUACACCGCAGCCACGCAGUGCAAGGUCUGCGGAAUGCGGUUUGACGUUCUUUCGCUGUACAAGGCGCAUGCAGAGAUGCACCAGAAAAAGUCGCAAAUUGGAAGGUCUGUGGAGGCGCCGAUGUGGAGGUCGUGGCUGCAGGAGACUGGCGCCAUGCAGGAGCAAAAGGUUCCUGUUAAGCUCAAAGCCAGCGUGCAGGAGAAAAUGCCAACAGUUCCCGUGCGCGGCGAUAGAGAGCAAAAAUGCACAAUUUGCGGGGAUGCGUUUGAGGUUAUAUGGAGCGACGAAAGCGAGUGCUGGUCAUUUAAUGACGCGCUGGUUAUACGCACCUCUCCCAGGCAGAUCUCCCAUCGAAGAUGCGUCUCAUAA